GGAACUUUCAGUUUCAGUAGCUGCACAGGCUAGGAGAGAAACGCCAUGGCUGACAACAUCCUCAGAUCAAAGAGGAAGCAGUUCAUCAUUUCAGUGGGUGAAGGAACAAUAAAUGGCUUGCUGGAUGAACUCUUGGAGAAGAAAGUCCUGAACCAGGAAGAGAUGGAGAGAAUAAAAUUUGUAAAUGCUACUGUUAUGGACAAAGCACGGGCCCUGUGUGAUACUGUCAUCAGGAAAGGUCCCCAGGCAAGCCAAAUUCUACUCACUUACAUUUGUAAUGAAGAUGUCUACCUGGCAGGAGUUCUCCAACUCACCUAGAAAUGAAGAUGACAUCUGAUGUACUACAGUCAUUUCAAAGAGCUGCUUCCAGAGUAUGAGUUCUUCUGAGAUGGAAAAAUCCUCUCACAGACCCAUGUCAUCAUUGGUUCUCUGUUUUGAAUAAAUUUCUUUUUUUAAUGU